AUGUCAAUUCCAGGUUUGGGGCAAAUUCCUGCGCCGCAUGUCGAAUCCACGACGCGCAUCGUCUCGCUCCGCAAAGCCUGCGAGUGGCGCUUUCACCUCGCGCCCGGCGGCUCCAUCAGCGUCAAGCUACUCUCAGGCACGGCAGAAAAGGACGGCAUCGAGCUCGCGCCGCGAGGCGCCUACAAGUUCUGCGGCCCUGUGCACGGCAAGCUACUGACUUGGCACGGGUGCGAUAUCGAGGUGGACGGGCGGACCGAGCACGACACGACCGCCUCCUUUGCCACGACGAUCGAGAACCCGGCGGCGUCGCAUCUGAAUCUGCACGCGCAGCUGGCCGAGAUGCGCGGGGUAGCGGCGCGUUUCGGGCGCGAGGGCCCGCGGGUGCUGGUGGCGGGCGGGAGGGCGACUGGCAAGACGACGCUGGCGCGGACGCUGGCGAGCUACGCAACGCGGCAGGGCGCGCAGCCACUGGUAGUCAACGCGAACCCGGGAGAGGGCAUGCUGAGCCUGGCGGGGACGCUGAGCGCGGCCGUCUUCGCGACGGUCAUGGAUCCGCUGGCGGCGGACGGCUGGGGCGGCACGCCGACGAGCGGGCCGAGCACGGUGCCGGUGAAGCUGCCGCUGGUGUACUAUUACGGGCGCGAGUCGGCCGAAGCGGAUCCAGAGGUGUACAAGAGGCUGCUUGGGAGGCUGGCGGAUGGGGUGAGCGCCAAGCUAAGUGAGGACCCCGACGUCAAGGCGGCGGGCGUUCUGGUGGACUCGAUGGGCGUUGAUGCGGGCAGCGCGCGGGGGCUGGAGCUACUGGCACACACUGUGGACGAGUUAUCAGUAAACAUUGUGGUGAUUCUGGGUCGGAGCGGGCUAAAUGCCGAGAUUACGAAGCGCUUUGCGACGGAAAAGACGAGUCUGGGCGAGCCGGUCCAGGUCAUUACACUGGAAAAAUCAGACGGCGUGGUGGACAGGGACGACUCAUUUACGGAGCACAUCCGCGAGGCUGUCAUUAAGGAGUACUUUUUCGGGGACGCGCGGCGGACGCUGAGUCCGCAGAUUCAGCAGGUCGAUUUCGACAGCCUCGUUAUUUACAGAUUACCAGAUUACUCCGACUACGAAACGGACACGCUGGUGAGGGAAGAGGCGUGCUCGUCGAUGGAGCACUGGACGCUGGCGAUUAUGCACGCGUCAGUCAGAGACUCGGUCGAGACGAUCCGGGCGGCGGCCGUCAUGGGCUUUGUGUACGUUUCCGACGUGGAUGAGACGAAGCGCAAGAUGCGGAUGUUGGCGCCGGUGAGCGGGCGGCUGGGUGACCGGCCGCUGGUGUGGGGACGGUGGCCGGAGCCGUUUAUCAAUCUACUAGGCUGA